CGUAUUAACAGCUUAUUUUCGCCAGGUUUAAAUCACGUAUAGGUUUAAUUUAUCAAUACAGCAAGAUGUCGUUCGAUUACGAAGCAUGCCAAGAUGCAGCCCAGUACCUCCGGUUGAGCCGAGAGAAAAUUAUUGAAAACCAAACUCAGAAACCGGACGGCAAAAAGUAUGUUUGGUUUCCAACGAAAGCUGAGGCUUAUGUGAAAGGAGAACUUAUCAAGACCGAGAAAGGAAAAUGUACGAUCAAGUCAAUCGAUGAGGGAAAGGAAAUGACAGUGAAGGAAGACGACCUACAGGAGAUGAAUCCGCCUCGAUAUGAGAAAUGCGAAGACAUGGCCGGCAUGACCUUCCUUAACGAAGCCAGCGUUCUUAACAAUCUUCGAUCCCGAUACGAAUCUUUUAUGAUCUACACGUAUUCCGGUCUCUUCUGCGUGACUGUUAACCCGUACAAGAUGUUGCCCGUAUACGCUCCGUACGUGAUUGCUGCUUACAAGGGAAAGCGACGAACUGAGAUGCCUCCCCAUCUUUAUUCCAUCGCUGAUAACGCUUACACCGAGAUGUUGAUGAACCGGGAAAACCAAUCUAUGCUGAUCACAGGAGAGUCUGGUGCAGGUAAGACUGUCAACACAAAGAAAGUUAUUCAGUAUUUCGCUUUGGUUGCCGCCUAUGGAGCUGCUCAAGAUGACGGAAAGGGAACACUUGAAGAUCAAAUCGUUCAAUGUAACCCAGCUAUGGAGGCUUUCGGUAACGCUAAGACUGUAAGAAACGACAACUCUUCCCGAUUCGGAAAGUUUAUCCGAAUUCACUUCGGCAGCACUGGCCUUCUUGCGUCAGGAGAUAUUGAACAUUAUUUGUUAGAGAAGUCACGUGUCAUCUACCAACAAGAGGGCGAGAGAAAUUACCAUAUUUUCUACCAGAUCAUCUCAGGGUCGAAACCUGAGCUUAUCGACCAACUACUCGUAACAAAGGAUCCAUACGAUUACAAGUCAAUCUCACAGGGGGUGGUGACCGUGGAUAACAUGGACGAUGGAGCAGAGUUGCUGCUUACUGACGAUGCGUUCCGGGUGCUCGGUUUCAACCAAGAAGAGAUAUCGGGCAUUUACCGAAUCAUGGCUGGUAUUAUGCACCAACAGAAUAUGAAGUUCAAGAACAAACAGCGAGAAGAACAAGCAGAACCUGACGGCACUGAAGAUGCCGACAAAGUUGCUUAUCUCUUCGGUUUGAACUCUGCCGACUUUAUCAAAUACAUUUGCCACCCUCGUGUAAAGGUCGGAAACGAAUAUGUUACCAAGGGGCAAUCUUGCAACCAGGUGAGCUAUGGUAUGGGAGCUCUCAGCAAAGGUUUGUUCGGUCGUCACUUUGAUUGGUUGGUCAAACUUAUCAACCAAACUCUGAGCACCAAACUACCAAGAAGUUUCUUUAUCGGUGUACUGGAUAUUGCUGGUUUUGAAAUCUUCGACAGCAACAGCUUCGAGCAACUGUGUAUUAACUUCACGAACGAAAAGCUUCAACAAUUCUUCAAUCAUCACAUGUUCGUAUUGGAACAAGAAGAAUACAAGAAAGAAGGAAUUGAUUGGGUUUUCAUCGAUUUUGGAAUGGACUUGGCUGCUUGCAUUGAACUUAUAGAAAAGCCCCUUGGAAUUAUGUCAAUUCUUGAAGAAGAAUGCAUGUUUCCGAAAGCAUCCGAUGAUACAUUCAAAGACAAGUUAUACCAGAACCAUCUGGGCAAGAGCAAGGCUUUCGGAAAACCAGUAAAGAAGACAAAAUACGAAGCUCACUUCGAACUUUACCAUUAUGCUGGCACCGUGGCAUACAACAUUUGCGGAUGGUUAGAAAAGAACAAGGAUCCACUGAACAACAGUGUCGUCGAUCUUUACAAGAAAGCAUCAUUAAAACUGAUGCAAACUAUCUGGGAAGGAUACGUAAGCCCAGAGGAAGCCGCAAGUGGUGGUGGUAAAGGAGGCAAACGUAAGAAGGGGGGUUCCUUCAUGACCGUGUCGUCGCUACAUCGUCAAUCACUCAACAGUUUGAUGACAAAUCUCAGAUCCACUGCUCCACAUUUCGUGCGUUGUCUUAUACCCAACGAACGAAAAUGCCCGGGAGAGAUGGAUUCUCACUUGGUACUUCACCAGCUUCGUUGCAACGGUGUACUGGAAGGUAUUCGUAUCUGCAGAAAAGGUUUCCCAAACAGAGUUCCGUAUGGAGACUUCAAGCAGAGGUAUCGCAUUUUGAACCCGAAUGCCGCUCCGGAGGGCCAGUUCAUGGAUAGUAAGAAGACAUCGGAGAAAUUGUUGGGUAGUAUUGACAUCGACCAUGAGUCGUACAAGCUUGGUCAUACCAAGGUUUUCUUCCGCGCUGGUAUGAUCGGAAAACUUGAAGAAAUGCGAGACAACAAACUUUCGUCGAUCUUCAAACUGAUCCAAGGUAGAAUGAGGGGGGUGCUUAUGAGAAGGGAAUACCAGAAGAUGAUUGAACGAAGACAAGCAUGUCGAAUCAUCCAAUCCAACUUACGAGCAUUCUUCGGAAUGGCGAACUGUGAGUGGAUGAAGCUCAUGUUUAAGAUCAAACCUCUUCUGAAGACUGCCGAAUCCGCUAAGGAGCUUGAAGAAAUGGAGAAAGAGUUUGCUGAAACUAAAGUCAACUUGGAAAAGGAAACCAAGCGAAGAAAGGAAUUGGAAGAGAUGCAAGUCUCCUUUAUUCAAGAAAAGAAUGAUCUUGUUAUGCAAUUGCAAGCGCAACAAGAUCAAAUAGAUGACGGUGAGGAUCGAUGCGACCAACUUAUCAAGACCAAGGUUGAAUUGGACGGAAAGAUCAAAGAACUGACUGAAAAGAGUGAAAUGAAGAUGGAGAUUGAUGACCUCGCCUCUAACGUGGAGAGCGUUACUAAAGCUAAACUUAACUACGAGAAAAUGGCCAGGAACCUUGAGGAACAAUUAAAUGAAACAAAGAUGAAGAACGACAACUUUACCAAGGAAGUUAACGAGUUGAACGCAGCUAAAGCUCGUCUCUCCUCUGAGAAUGGUGAAUUCGGUCGACAACUUGAUGAACGUGAGCACUUGAUGGCGCAACUUACUCGAAGUAAAAACAGUUCGUCUCAGCAAAUUGAUGAGUUGAAACGAGUUGUUGAAGAAGAGACCAAAGCUAAAGCCGCAUUGGCACACGCUGUUCAGGCUUCUCGACACGACAACGACCUCUUGCGGGAACAAUACGAAGAAGAACAAGAAGCGAAAGCUGAACUCCAGAGAGCAUUAUCAAAAGCAAAUGCUGAAGUUGCUCAAUGGAGAAACAAAUACGAAACUGAUGCGAUCCAACGAACCGAAGAAUUGGAAGAAGCAAAGAAGAAACUUGCCCUUCGACUCCAAGAGGCCGAGGAGCAAGUUGAAGCGAUGCAAGCCAAAGCUGCGAGUUUGGAUAAAACUAAGAACCGACUCCAAGGCGAGGUUGAAGAUUUGACGAUCGAUCUUGAACGAUCAAACGCUGGUGCCGCUGCUUUGGAUAAAAAGCAACGAAACUUCGAUAAGGUGCUUAGUGAGCAUAAACAAAAGGCUGAGGAAGUUCAGGUCGAACUUGAGCAAUCUCAGAAGGAAGCAAGAAGUCUCUCAACUGAGUUGUUUAAGAUGAAGAACGCUUACGAGGAAGCAUUGGAUGGGUUGGAAACAGUGAAGAGGGAGAAUAAGAAUUUACAAGAGGAGAUCGCCGAUCUCACCGACCAACUUGGCGAGGGUGGGAAGAGCAUCCACGAGUUGGAGAAGGCGAAGAGGACGCUUGAACAUGAGAGGAACGAAAUCCAAGCUGCUCUUGAGGAGGCUGAGGGAGCAAUGGAAGGGGAGGAGUCGAAAGUCCUCCGGUUGCAAGUGGAGGUUGCGCAGAUGAAGCAGGAGUUUGAACGGAAGAUCGCUGAGAAAGAAGAAGAGGUUGAUACGCAAAGACGAAACCAACAGCGAUCAAUUGAAUCAAUGCAAACCACUCUUGAUUCCGAGAGUAAGGCCAGACAAGAAGCUGUAAGGAUCAAAAAGAAGAUGGAGGGAGAUCUUAAUGAUCUAGAAAUCCAACUUGGUCACGCCAACCGACAAGCAUCUGAAGCGCAAAAACAAGCCAAGUCUAUUCAAUCCCAUGUUAAGGAUCUUGAAAUGCAAGUGGAUGAAGCUCAACGUCAUGCUGAAGAUCUUCAAGAACAAUCAGCUGUGAUUGAACGACGAGGAAACCUUCUUACUGCUGAGAUAGAGGAGCUCAGAUCUGCUCUUGAACAAGCAGAAAGAGGACGCAAGUUGGCUGAGACCGAACUUCUUGAUAGCAGCGAGCGUUCGAACAUGCUACACACACAAAACACCGCUCUUAUCAACCAGAAGCGUAAGUUGGAAGGUGAGUUGCAAACCAUGCAAGGCGAAGUUGAGGAGGCAGUGCAAGAACAAAGGAAUGCUGAAGAGAAAGCCAAGAAGUCUAUUGUUGACGCUGCAACAAUGGCCGAAGAGUUGAAGAAAGAGCAAGAUCUGUCAUCUCAUUUGGAGCGAAUGAAGAAGAACAUGGAACAAACCGUUAAAGAUCUUCAACAACGACUUGAUGAAGCUGAAAACAUCGCACUCAAGGGAGGCAAGAAACAAGUGCAAAAACUUGAGGCUAGGAUCCGUGAACUUGAGAACGAAGUCGACAGCGAACAACGUCGAAACAGCGACUCGGUGAAGAAUCAGCGUAAGUUUGAACGACGAUUGAAGGAAGUGACGUACCAGGGUGAAGAAGACAAGAAGAACUUAACACGCAUCCAGGAUCUUGUUGAUAAACUCCAGAUCAAAGUGAAAACAUACAAGCGACAAGCCGAGGAAGCGGAGGAACAAGCCAACACAAACUUGAGCAAAUACCGCAAACUCCAGCACGAAUUGGACGAUGCAGAAGAGCGAGCAGAGAUGGCAGAAUCGCAACUUAACAAGAUGAGAUCCAAGGCUCGUGAUAUGAAGUCGGAUAAAUAUCUGUCAUCUCAUUUGGAGCGAAUGAAGAAGAACAUGGAACAAACCGUUAAAGAUCUUCAACAACGACUUGAUGAAGCGGAAAACAUCGAACUUAAGGGAAGCAAGAAACAAGUGCAAAAACUUGAGACCAGAAUUCGUGAACUUGAGAACGAACUUGACUCGGAGCAGCGUCGCAACGGUGACUCAGUGAAAAGCCAACGAAAAGUGGAACGACGAUUGAAGGAAGUGACGUACCAGGGUGAAGAAGACAAGAAGAACUUAACACGCAUCCAGGAUCUUGUUGAUAAACUCCAGAUCAAAGUGAAAACAUACAAGCGACAAGCCGAGGAAGCGGAGGAACAAGCCAACACAAACUUGAGCAAAUACCGCAAACUCCAGCACGAAUUGGACGAUGCAGAAGAGCGAGCAGAGAUGGCAGAAUCGCAACUUAACAAGAUGAGAUCCAAGGCACGUGAUACAAAGGAUUCAACUGGAUCUUUGCUUUAAACGGCUUUACGGGACAACGUUUGGAUAAAUUAGCUUUAAAUAAUUAUCUUCUGCAUCUUUUCUUUGGCAACCAAUCACUGUGACAUGCGAUGUUUUGCUUGCCAUGUACAGAUGUAAAUAAACGAAGUCAAACCAGUA